UCAAAGCAAUUUUUGUCGUAUCUGUAAUCAAGUUACCAACAAAUCGGUAUUAAAAACUUUUAAAGCUUUUUUUACUUGUAGUUUAUAGCUUUAUAUUUCUCUGCUUUAUGAACAAAGCUAACAUGAAAUUUUUGAGAAUCAAGCAAUGCCUGUUGCGCCGUAAUCUGGCACUGAAAAUCCUGUUUGUUUUUUCAUUCAUCAUUGUAUUCACGAUAAACUCAAAAACAUUUUUAUUAAGUUUAUACCAAGUUGCAUCAACCAAACAAGAUUUUAUUUACCGUACCAAAGUAGCGAAAAGUUCUCUUUUGGAUUUGCUUCAGUGGACGGACUUCAAAAGAAAUGAAACUAUGGUUGAAAAAAACUGUCAGAGUAAUUUGGACAUGAGUUUAUGGGCGCCUGAAAAAAGUGCCAAAAUUUGCUUGUUGCCCCUCCACAAAGACAAGCACGUGAGUGGGUCUAUCAACCGGACUGGCCAAUGGGAGACGUUCAUUCAGGAGCCUCUCUUUACUGACCUAUUCGAACGACAUCCAAAGGCUGCCUUCGUCGACAUCGGAGGUCACGUUGGCACUUUCAGUUUGUCAGCUGCUUUUCUGGGUCGUGAUGUGUUCACAUUUGAGCCCACGAAGGAGACCUUCAAUUACCUGUUGCAAUCAGUGCUUCUCAACUUACUCCAACAUCGUGUGAGACUCUACCCUGUGGCUCUAAUGGACAGACAUUACAAGUGUGUACUGCCAAUGACAGAUUACUCCGAGGAAGAUAAUUUGGGGGGCACAAGAGUUGAAGCACAACAGCAUUGUGGAAAUAAGACAUCAAGAGCUGCGACGCUAGACGAUCUUCUACCAAUUUUCCAGCGUCUUCACAUCAAGGAAGCAAUACUCAAAAUCGACUGCGAAGGGUCCGAGACCAAAGUUAUCAAAGGCGGCCUCAAGUUCCUAUCAAGCAUCAAUGUUCCCUUCAUUUCAAUGGAAGUUCUGAUAUUGCAAAGAUACCUGUACAAGGAAAUUGAUGCAAAUGGAACCAGGCUUCAAUUAUUGGAUAUUAUGCGUAGCCUAGGAUACUUUCCGGUUCCCGUAGGAGGAGAGAUUGUCGACUCUCUUUGGGAAAUUGACUUCAUAGAUUGGCCUCAUGAUAUAACAUGGAUGAAAAAAGGAUAGCCAAACCACUUUUAAAAUUUUAGUAUG